AUGCCUGGCUGCCCUGGCUCCACUCCGGGCUCUCUCCCGCCUGGCCUUGUGUUUCUCAACGUCAGGCCACAAGCCGGCGCCCCAGGCGAGGCCGAGAAGAAAAGGAAGCUGGAGCCACGACGAAAGGAUGUGUGGCCUGUGUUUGUGGGCAACAUCUCCUUCGACACAACGGAGGAAGAGAUCAGGGAUUUAUUUGGUGACAUAGAGGGCUUGGUCUCAUGGAGGCUCUCCAUCCAGAAAGAUGGCGUUUCCAGAGGCUUUGGCUUUGCGGAGUUCAAGACGCCGGAGGGCGCACUUGAGGGUAUCAAGAAGGUGGAUGGCAUCGAGAUCAAGGGACGGAAGCUUCGCCUGCGCUGGGGAGAGAAUGCCCCGACCACUCCCGAGGUUGAUGAAUUCCACCGAGCCCCCGAGCGAUUCAAGACGCGCCCUUGCUAUGAGGUGUUCAAAGGCCUUCCAUGUCCCAGACCUGACGACUGUCCUUAUGCGCAUGCGCAGUCAGAGAUUCGACAUCCUCGAGAUAAUGAGGAGAAGCUGGAAGUAAAGCCAAUCGAUCCCAAAGACGUCGUUGUGAAGGUUGUCAUCCCUUUCCAGAAGUUCGAGGGUGAUGGCCCCGAAGCGAAGCAGCGAGCUGCCUAUGUGGCAAUCCUCGGGCCUGGAGCGUCCAACAUCCGCACCAUCAUGAAGAAGGCGAGUUGCCGGCUGCAGCUCCGAGGAGCCGGUGCCCCUGGAGGCACAAGCCCCGAGGAGCCCUUGCACAUCAUUGUAAAGCCGCGCGGAGACGAGGUUGUUACCCAGGAGCAAAUUGAGAUUGUGAGGAGGGCUGUCGAUGACAUUGUAGAGACCGGCAAACUUCCUGAAGCGCAAGGUGUGGAUACCAUCCAGAAGUCGACUGGAAGCAAGGCCGCAAGCAAGGCAACAGCCGCCAAACCAUCGCAUGAAGCGCGUCGGGAGCGGUCAGAUCGGGGCCGAGAGCGAUGA